CAAAGAUGCAAUCAAAACAAACUGAACUCAAUACCACUUCAAGACCGAACCCAAAGCCAAUGAACCAAUUCAACAAGAUCAGCACCACAGGAGACCCAACCCUAGCCAAAAAACGAAACCGAAACUUACUAAGAGAUUAUUAUGGAUUAUCAUCAACAUCAUCAAAUCAUCCACCAGAAGAAACUCAUGAUAUGGAUUCAGUUUUAUUUAAUCAUCAAGUUUGGUUUGAAAGAUUAAUUCAAGAUUCUUCUGGUUCUACUACUUCUACUGGUUCUUCUGGUUCGAGACUAGAUUUAAUUCUUUCAAAUGCUAAUCAAAUCGUUUCUGAAAUUAGAGAAUUAGAUGGUGAAAGACAAUCAUUAGUAUAUAAUCAUCAUCAUGAAUUAGUAGAUGCGAGUGUAACGAUUGGAAAAAUGAAAACAAGUGCUGAAACUUUAGAUAAUACAUUAAACGAAUUACAAACUGAGUUUUCAUCAAUUUCAGAAACCAUCAGUACGAUUUCAAAUUCAUUUUCUUCUUCUUCUUCAACCAAACCCAAAUCCCAAACCCCAAAAACCCCAUCAACAAAAGAAAAAGAGUUAACAGAAUACUUAUUACCAAUAAUAAGUUUACCAAUCAUUUUAAGAUCUUUAAUCAAUACAGGAAAUAAAAUUAAAUCAGAUCAAUUAUGGGGAGAAUGGGAAAUAAUUUUAAAAAGUUUUGAAGAAUUAGGUAUUGAGAAUAUCAAAAAGAUUGGGAAUGAAUGUAGAGAGAUUUUAAGACAAGCUAGAAAUUUAAAAUAAAACAAUCAAUUCAUGACUCAAAUUGCAUUUUUGUUGAUAUGUGUUAAAUAAUUAAUCUUUCUUGAUGUAUUAUUAACUAUUUUGUACUUUUUUAUUUGCUUGGUAUUCAUGUUUUUUCAAAUCUCAAUUUCAUAGAUCAUCUC